AAAUCGCUCCCUGCAGUAAAUGAAAUUCCUGUAAUAACGUUAAACAGCACAGAUUUCUUCUUUUGGUCUCUCUCUCUUGUCUUGUCUGCUCACGGGUUCUCGUGAACGCGCAACGGUCUCAUUUCCUGCGUAUAAACGAACGGCUAAACAAUUUGAAAAACUUUUAUAGUACUCCGAGCCCAUAAACAGUGCAAUCCACUUUCCACGAAUUCAUUCUCUCUCUACCUUGAAAAUGCUUUCUGGAAUCUUCGCGUGGGCUCUCCCUUUCUUCUUGAUUUCGCUCGUGUCCGCCGUGGCGGAGGCCCAAGGCGGCGGCGGGGCUCCGAGGGAGCUCUGGUGCGUGGGCAAGAACAACGCUGAGGAUGCGGCCCUGCAGUCGGCACUCGACUGGACAUGCGGGCCCGGCGGAGCCGACUGCGGGCCGAUCCAGAAAGGCGGGCCCUGCUACGACGCGUCGGACCUCCAGCGUACGGCGUCGUUUGCCUUCAAUGAUUACUGCGUCAAGCACGGCUUCUCUGAUGAAACCUGCAAUUUUGGCAACACUGCUGCUCUUACUUCUCUCAACCCCAGCCACAGUAAUUGCAAAUUUCCAUCCAGCUUAAGCUCAGGCACUGGGAACUUCAGUGGGGCGGCGACGGAUGGCUCAGAUACUUCAGAUCUGACCAGCAAUAGCUCAAUCACCUGCCAUUUCGGCCGGGCAUUGCUUGCGAUUCAUCUCUUGUUUGCAGUCUUACUGAUCUUCUGAGGGAGCAGAAGUCGCGAGCUUUGUAUGUAACUAGAAGUUGGUAUGAAAUGGGCUUCUUUUGAGAUGAGAAUCGCCUAUUGUGUUGAUGAAUGAAAUAUCAUUGAUUUAUUCUCUACGUCUCGCUUGAUCAAUGUGAUUCCUUGACUGUUUUACAUUGUGCUUCAGCACGCAGCAGCUCGGUAGCAGGAUUCUUAAUUUUGAGUUGCUUCCACUUUCAGUGUUAGCUGCUCUGCCUGCAUUCCCAGUUCAAUCCAAGCUUCACUUUUGAGCAAUUUUAGAGUAAUACAUGAUGCUAUUUCAAAAUGGGGAUGCGUUAGUUGGUUCUUACUGCUGAAUUGCACGUUUCUGUAUGUGUUUUGGUAUUUUGUCUGGAUAGAACCCCAAGAGCUUCUACGAUAUCGAUCAUGUGAGUCGAAAAUCUGGGUUCAGGUUCGAUGCUCUAAUCGACAAUCAAUAUAUAUUCUGCAUUGUCAUUUAUUUUCAUAAUUAGUUCUGUCUCUGAUGUGUUAGAAGAGGUGUUUUGCAAUGCAUUGAACAUUUUGGCACAUCUGUACCAGCUGAAAGGAAGUAGUAGGGAAGUUGUGAUGUCUGUACACUGGAUAAUCUACAAGAAAUUUCAGCUUUGCGCAUGGUAGAACGAGGGGAAAUUCUAGCACGAAUCCGGCUCAGCCAAAACUAAAACUAAUCACGUGGCAAGGGUAAUACAUUUUCUAUAUGAUUGG